AUGUGGGACAGUGUGGACCUCGUGUUCAACACUUUUCAUGGUAUUCAUACCAAAGCCAUCGCUCACUGUCUGGCUUCGAACGGCCGACACCUUAUUAUCAAAUUGGCCGGCACCUCCUCGCGUCGCCCGCAAGAAGAACUGUCUUCGAAGCACAAGGUCGUCAACAUCAUCACCGUCCCGACCGAUGUCCUAUUCUCGAACGACUCCAGCGCUGUGGAGGACAAGCGGCGAGUGGCCGAGCUGCUGCGUGAAGGAAUCACAUCGGGCGCCGUGAGGCCGUUGCCUGCCACAUUAUUCACGCGAGACCAAGUUGUGGAUGCAUUCACGCUGCAAGCUUCUGAAGCGAACAGCGGCAAAGUUUUACUCGAGGUGCGGCCAGAGAAAAGCGACCCAAUCAAGGACAGCAGUCAGCCCUUCAGGGUAGAAGCCAUCGCCCGCACAUACUUCUACAGCAGCAAGGCUUACGUCAUCGUCGGCGAAAUGAGCGGCUUCGCUUUAGAGUUCGUAGACUGGAUGGUCAGUCGAGGCUGCCGGAAGCUUCUUCUCACCGCAAGCCAUGGUGUGCUUAUGGGGUAUCCACGUCUUUGCCUGCAUCGGUGGAAGACAGUCGGCGCCUCCGUAGUCGUCAGCGGAGCCGACGCAUCGACAAUGCACGGUGCUUUGCAGAUUAUCGAGGAAGCUGAAGCAAUGGGUCCGGUCGGCGGCAUCUUCAACGUUUCUGCGUGUCAUGAAGACAGCUGGGUAGCCGAUCAGGCGUCUGAGGUGUAUCAAAGGUACUACAAGACCAAGCUUGGCGGAACGCGGCAUCUGGACGAGCAUUCCCGAAAGUUAUGCCCGCAACUGGACCACUUCGUCGUCUUUUCCUCGCUUUCCUCUGGCCGCGGCACUACGAAGAGGACGCUAUCCGGCUACGUCGACUCAACAUUAGAGCGCUUGUGUGAGCGCCGCGUUGAAAACGGUUUUCCCGCAUUGGCCAUCCAAUGGGGUGUCAUUGAUGAGGGCUGCCAAGCUCAUGAGGCCCAGUGCCCCGAAGCGGCAUUCGAGGUAACACAGCCUCAGCGAAUGAGGUCCGCCUUGGAGGUCAUGGAGAGGUUCCUGAACCAAAGCCACCCCGUCGUGUCCAGCUUCGUCAAGGCUGAAGUCACUUCAAGUUUGGGGAACGAACGAGAAACUAACUUCCUCGUGGACUCGGUGACCCGAAUUCUUGGCUUCCAAGAUUCGUCGAAGCUGAACCAUAACAGCAACCUGGGCGAGUUGGGCUUAGACUCCAUCAUGGGCGCCGAGGUACUGAUGGUCAUCGAGAAAUGCACUGGCCUGGUUCUGUCCGUGCAGGGAUUACGCCAGCUGACCCUUAACUCAUUGCGAGAGCUGAGUAAAAAAUAACAUUUAGGUUAAAGUAGGCAUGAAUAUGAUGUUCGGUUUCUCCUUUUUUUUAAACGGGAAACGAAUUGGAACCGACGCAGACGCUUAUUUUUGUAUCGCACCAACGAAACGUACCAACUUGUAAAAUAAAGAUAUUGUCAAAGCUCUU